GUUGUAAAGAAAUGUUAAACAUGUUCAAACAAACUACAGCAGUCAUAUUCAUCAGGAUAAAUAAUAUUUGAUGCUCGAGCAAUGCUACCACCAUGGAUAAUAAAGGGUGUUCGAUUUGCCGUGCGAUUAACUGCUUUGUUCGGGCUGAUCUGUGUAGCAAGGAAGCACUACGGAACCAUAUCAGUGGUAGGGCCAGCGUUUUUGAACAGGGAGGUUACUUUGAAAGCAACACCCUCUUACCCAUGGGGAUGCGAGGUUGAAUGGAAAUACAUAAUGGAAGGCAGCACAUAUUUUCAAACAAUGAACGGGACAAACGUUAAAAGAUAUUCGGAGGAUGGGUCCUUCUUUUUGAAAUGGAAAGCUUCUAUUGAAUACAACAGAUCUGACUUUUACGCCGGAUGUUCAACAAACACAACAAUAGUAUCAAGCUUAAUAGCUUUAAAUGUGAAAGAAAUUGUUGGACAGUGUGGAGCCCUCGUGAUUCUAAGCCCGGUUGUUCGUGGCGGGGACGUUAAACUAGGAUAUUUUCCAUCUGACUAUUCUAUACAGCAAAUAAACACUACACGAACAUGGAAGACAAAUAUCCAGGACAUAGAGCUACGAAAAGGUUCUUACGAUGAGGAAAUUGUUUCUGAAUAUUUGUACAUAUUGACUAUAUUUAACUUAGAAGACAGAGAUGAAGGAACGUAUACUUUAUAUUGUUAUUCAGGUGGCCACACGGAUUCUGUGCAGCUUCAUAUUCCAGAGCCACCGAGUUACCCAAUCCUCGGUCCAAAAAUCGCUGACUUUAAUACAACAAAAUGUAUUUAUGUUUAUGAAGAUUCCGACAUAUAUUGCCAGACUGAAAAUGGAACAGAACCUGUACAAGUGGCGCUUUUACUGGGACAGGAUUUAUUUGUUCUUGCUGAAAGCGAACAGAACAAUGGGUUUUAUCUAUUCAGUAACGUUCAUCAACACAUGGCAGGACUGUCGAAUCGGAAUGUGACAUGUCAGGUUUCUAAUGCAGCCAUUGAAACACCUUACGAAGUGCAAGACAUUCUAUGUAACGUAGAGAAAGGUAGCCAACCCGAUCAAACAGUUCCUGAAUAUCUUGAUGGUGCAAACUCUUCAACAACAUGUGAAGUGCGGAAUGCUUUCCCAGCUCCGGUAAGAGAUAUACAUAUUGGCAAUGUUUUGCUAUCUGAUGUUCAACAAACUGAUUUAUUUAAUGGAUCUUCUCAUACUUAUGCAAGCACAGCUAAGGUGACAAAGACUCACAAACUGUGGAAUGGAAAAGAAAUGUGCUGCACAAGGAAAAGUAUUGACGACUUUGGAAUAGCAGAUCAUUCCAUAUGCAAUAACAUCAGUAUCAAAUAUCCGCCUUCGGACAUUUCGAUGUCGGUGAGCAAAAAACCCGAAUAUAGCGACAGUGUUUCUGCCUAUUUCAUGAACCUUUCUUGUGAAACGAAUGAAUCAAAUCCGCCUUGCGUCAUUGAAUGGGCAAGCAACAGAGAUGAUUUAAGAUAUAUUAAUAGUGGCAAUUGGACUUAUGGUGAACAUGGGAGUUUUGUUUCCAAUGUAAUUUACAAAGUGACUAAAGACAUGGUUGGGGGAAUCAUCACAUGUUCCACUAGAUGCAAUCAUUUUUCAUCUCAUUUAACCGAAAAUUAUGUUGUAUCCUUUUCAGGUGAUCCAACUCUGUAUUUGAACAUGACAUCAUCUGUUGAAUUAUAUCCGAAGAAUACACUGACCGUUAAAUGUCGUGUUUAUGACUGCAAUGCUAAAGAGAAAUGGACGCUUCGCUGGGAAGCAGAAAAUAACACUGAAAUAAAGACCUGUUAACACUGAAUUAUACGGGAGAUGGCGAAAAUACAUACGUUUGCAGGGCAUGGAAUUCAGAGGAGUUUCUGAGAAAUUCAUUGACAGUUUUUAACUCAGUGACACAGGAAGCAACAACCAACCCUGUACUAGUUGUGUCCAAAAUGUUGCAUAUAUCGGUCCUUUACGCCGUGUCGGGAACAGUUAAAUUUUUACUUGUAACAACGUUUACAGUGCUUCUAUGUAGGCGAUGCAAACAUCAUGCUUAUGAAACGCUUAUACGCCUAAGGAGACCAGCAGUAAGAAAGCGAAGUACACAUGUGUACGAUGAUGUUCAGUCUAAUAUUGAGACAACUGCACUUCACAAUCUGACAAGAGUCUCUGCAAGUGCAAUCGAGAACAAAGACGCACCACAACUAUGUGAUAUGGAAGGAAACCCAGUCCGUUCAAACGAGUGUGUAAACUCUUACGACUAUGUGGAUACCCCAUCCGCCCAAAGUAACCGUCGGACAAACGUACCGGAAGCGAAUUAUAUACAUCCAAUAUAACCGAAUUAGUUACUGAUCAAACAAUUUACGAUGUAGAUGGAUUUGUGUCAUUUUGAAAUCAUAUUAUCAUCAUAAUUUCGCUAACCGUUUCAAGGCAGUACAUUGAACGUUUUUUUAUUAAAAAAUGUAUUGGUAUUGGUAUUAAGUGAGUGUUUUUAAUAUGUACUUCUUGCUUGUAAUAUAUUGACCUAUUUUAUAUUUGAUAACAACUAAAAAGUACGUUGAAAUCAUUUGUAAAUUAUUUGCUAUUUUCGAAUCGUUGCGUAUCAUUCAUUCUUUAUUUAUCAGCCCAUUAUAAAAUACGUUAAUCUGUCAAUGUUAUUUAUAGUGUUUACCGAAAACGCAGUUUAGCUUUCUACUCCAGGCACUUAAAUUUGGGCAAAAAUCCUCAAUGCUUUAGAAGAGGGCAUUGGUGUCUAGUCUGGUUGAACCGUACCUUUGAGCAGUAACCAAUGUUACCCCGUCUGUAUUCAUUUAAAGCAACUGUUUGUAUCUGUUCGUUAAGUACUAAAAAGGUGCAAUAAUUUUGAAUGUUUUAAUAGGCCUAUAUGUUUAAUUGUGCAUUGUUUGGACAAUGUUUGAUGUUGAGAUCUAGGAACUCGGGUAACCCCUUUUCGAAAGGUAACGCAGGUUUUUGCUGUCAUUCGCUGAAUAUUUUUAUAAGCGAUAAAUUGGUAUUGAUAAUACACUGGAACUAAUAUGUAUAUCCUUGUUGUAUUUUGUAUACAUGAAUGAUUGUUUAUAAGGACUUUGAUUCGUUUACCUUAUACCAUAAACAGUUCAUAAAUGUUUGGCUGUUGUGCUCGUCCAUGUAGUUCACGUUUUGUAUAAUCAUUGUGUAAAUGAUUUAACGAUAACCAUAUCUGUAAUCCCAACAACCAACGUGAAGCAA